AUGGCAGACAUAACACCCAAAUCGUACUCGGCCGAUUCUACACUCUACCUCUAUACCUCACUUACGGCUGGCUCUUCGCAUAUUAUCACCGCCACCUCACGUCUCGAAACGAUAUUGAAGGCCAACAAGAUUCCUUUCAGAGCUCUUGAUGUGGCCACAGACGAGAAAGCUCGGAUGCUUUGGGGAAGACGAUCCAAGGGCAAGAAGCUACCCGGAUUAGUCAAAUAUGGCAGCAUAGUUGGGGAUCUCGAAGAAAUUGAGGAAUGGAACGAGUACGGCGAGCUGAGACAACAGAUAGGGAGCACGCCUGUAGCAGCUCCUACGCCAACCGCAUCGGCUACGAAUACACCUUCUAAAGCUUCCGCUUCACCUAUACCAGUCUCUGAGUUGGCCUUGAAAACGCCCUCAGAUAUGCCCAGCCCAUCACCACUUAGCAAAGAAACCAGUGAACAGUUCGAUUCGUCGCCAAUGAGUGCUUCAAGGAAAGGAGAAACGCCACUGACCAUGGCAAUGCGACAAGCGGGAGCAGAGGCAGCCAAAAGGGCAGGAGAGAAGAAAGGAUCGAAGUCCACGGCACCAAUUUCAGCGAGGGACCUGGAGGCCACAGAAAUGCCAAUGCCUGCAAUUGAGACCAAGAUGGCUAGAUCUGUGGAGGAGCCGGGUAUUUCAGCCAACACAGCUGCAGCAAAGAUUCCAGAAAAGCUUGCCGAGGAGGGUGCAAAGCGGACAAGCGUGGAUAAGAUUGCUGAGGAAGACGCGAAGCGGACUAACACAGAUCAAGUCACAAAUAGCGACGGGAAAAAUGAGCAGAAGGAUGUCGAUCUGUCAAAAGAAGCUACGAUGACAGACGCCAGCCGUGCUGGCAGUAUGCCGAAGGUGAAAUCACCGUUGUCAGAGGAAACUGCAGCAACGUCGAGCACGAACCUUGAUGCUGCAGGUUUGGGACCAGGUCCAAGGACUCAUCGAGGGUCGAGUGUAUCACUAGCCCCUAAAGAGCAGAUUGAGGAAAUCGAGAAACGGAAUACAAUCCUGGAGGAGACCGGCGACACAGAUGAAUCACGUACUAAGGUUGCUGCACAAGAUAGGGAAACAUCAUUCACAUCGAUGGCUGGUGAGGGCAAACGACUUGAGCAGUCUGCCUCUGCUACGGUGGCAGACUUAAAAUCAACAGAUGAAGGAGAAGCUGCUGCCAUGAGAGGCAUUCAACCUCAGGAGCAAGACGCCAAAGAUCCUGAGGGAGCUGGUGCUAGUGUUGGGGAUUGA